AUGGAGCCUUCCAAGACCUUCAUGAGAAACUUGCCCAUCACACCUGGCUACAGUGGCUUCGUGCCAUUCCUCAGCUGCCAGGGCACCCCCAGUGAGGACAACAUGUUCAAGUGUGUGGAGACCUUCCAGGAGAACACACGGAGAUAUAAAAACCAGCUGCAGGAAUUUCACUGUGCAGUGGCCGCUGCCCCAAGACUGAAGCCCAUCUGCUCUCAGGAGUCGGUCCUUCGAGCCCUGCAUCAGUAUUAUCAGCAGCAUCAUCCCAUGAGUCUCGAAUGCAAAUACAUAAAGAAACCCCUGGAGGAGCCACCAAUCCCUGGCUGGGCAGGCUACCUACCCAGAGCCAGGGUCACUGAAUUUGGCUGCGCCACGCGGUACACUGUCAUGGCCCGAAACUGCUACAGGGAUUUCCUGGGUUCCAUGGAGCAGACCAAGAGAGCCCGUCUGAAAACCUAUGAGGAGUAA